AUGGAACAGAAGGAUGGAUUUGAAGCUGUGCUGAGAGAUGGCGAGAAUAACAGGGCUCUUCCACCCACUUCCCUCAAAAAUGACAGCUGUUCAGAGUCUGCUCAUAAGCUCAGAUUGGUCAUUGAUUAUAUAAUUGUUCUUGGGUUAUCAGAUAUAGAAGGUGGUGAUGGACUGCAGCUAAGAAAGGAACAUACUCUCAAAAUAUUUGCUUAUAUCAAUUCCUGGACACAAAGGCAAUGUCUGUGCUGCUUCAAGGAAUAUAAGCAUUUGGAGAUUUUUAACCAAGUAGUUUGUGCACUUAUUAAUUUAGUGAUUGCUCAAGUUCAAGUGCUCCGGGACCAGCUUUGUAAACACUGUACUACUAUUAACAUCGAUUCUACCUGGAGAGAUGAGAGUAAUCAAGCGGAGGAACCAGUGAAAAGAGAGAGAGAGUGUAAUGAAGGAAGUACAGAAAGACAGAAAUCUGUCGAGAAAAAAUCAAACUCCACAAGGGUUUGUAAUCUGACUGAGGAGGAAUCUUCAAAGAGUUCAGAUCCUUUUAGUUUGUGGACUGCAGAUGAGAAGGAAAAACUGUUACUAUGUGUGGCAAAAAUUUUUCAAAUACAGUUUCCUUUAUAUACUGCUUACAAGCAUAACACUCAUCCUACCAUAGAGGAUAUAUCAACUCAAGAAAGCAACAUAUUAGGGGCAUUUUGUGAUAUGAAUGAUGUUGAAGUACCAUUGCAUUUGCUUCGUUAUGUAUGUUUGUUUUGUGGGAAAAAUGGUCUUUCUCUCAUGAAGGAUUGUUUUGAAUAUGGAACUCCUGAGACUUUGCCAUUUAUUAUAGCACAUGCAUUUAUAACAGUUGUAUCUAACAUUAGAAUAUGGCUGCAUAUCCCUGCUGUAAUGCAGCACAUUAUACCUUUUAGGACCUAUGUUAUCAGGUAUUUGUGCAAGCUGUCUGAUCAGGAGUUACGUCAGAGUGCUGCUCGCAACAUGGCUGAUUUAAUGUGGAGCACAGUGAAAGAACCAUUGGACACAACGUUAUGCUUUGACAAAGAAAGCUUAGAUCUUGCAUUUAAAUACUUCAUGUCACCUACCUUGACCAUGAGGUUGGCUGGGCUGAGUCAGAUCACAAAUCAACUUCAUACCUUCAAUGAUGUGUGCAAUAAUGAAUCACUGGUUUCAGACACUGAAACGUCCAUUGCGAAAGAACUUGCAGACUGGCUUAUUAGCAACAAUGUGGUGGAGCAUAUCUUUGGACCAAAUUUACAUAUUGAGAUUAUCAAACAGUGCCAAGUGAUUUUGAAUUUUUUGGCAGCAGAAGGGCGACUGAGUACGCAGCAUAUUGACUGCAUCUGGGCUGCCGCACAGCUGAAGCACUGUAGUAGGUACAUCCAUGACUUGUUCCCUUCACUCAUCAAGAACUUGGAUCCUGUGCCGCUUCGACAUCUCCUUAAUCUUGUCUCAGCUCUUGAGCCAAGUGUUCAUACUGAACAGACGUUGUAUCUAGCUUCCAUGCUGAUCAAAGCCUUGUGGAAUAAUGCACUAGCAGCAAAGGCGCAGCUGUCCAAACAGAGUUCUUUUGCAUCUUUGUUAAAUACUAAUCUUCCCAUUGGAAAUAAGAAAGAGGAAGAAGAGCUCAGAAGAGCAGCUCCAUCACCUUGGUCACCUGCAGCUAGUCCGCAAAGUAGUGAUAACAGUGACACCCAUCAAAGUGGAGGCAGUGACAUUGAAAUGGAAGAGCAACUUAUCAACAGAAGCAAACAUGUACAGCAGCGCCUUUCAGACACGGAGGAAUCUAUGCAGGGAAGUUCUGAUGAAACAGCCAAUAGUGGUGAAGAUGGAAGCAGUGGUCCCGGCAGCAGCAGUGGGCGCAGUGACGGAUCUAGCAAUGAGGUGAAUUCUAGCCAUGCGAGCCAGUCUGCCGGGAGCCCUGGCAGUGAGGUCCAGUCAGAAGACAUUGCAGAUAUCGAAGCCCUGAAAGAAGAAGAUGAAGAUGAUGAUCAUGGUCAUAAUCCUCCUAAAAGCAGUUGUGGUACAGAACUUCGGAGCAGGAAGUUAGAAAGUCAAACAGGCAUGUGUUUGGGAGAUUCCCAGGGCCCCUCAGAAAGAAGUGGAGCAAACAGUGGCGCAGGAACAGACCUGGUUUUUAACACUGAGUCCAUGCCCUCGGUAGAUAAUCGGAUCCGCCUGCUGGACAGCUGCUCGCACUCUGAAGAUGCAGAGCAUGAUAUUUCAGGAGAGAUGAAUGCUGCUCACAUAGCACAGGGUUCCCAGGAUUCCUGUAUCACACGGACUGGGGACUUUCUGGGGGAGACGAUUGGAAACGAGCUAUUUAAUUGUCGGCAGUUUAUUGGCCCACAGCAUCACCACCACCACCACCACCACCACCACCAUCAACACCACCACCACCAUCACCACCACGACGGACACAUGGUUGAUGAUAUGCUAAGUGCAGAUGAUGUCAGCUGUAGCAGCUCCCAGGUCAGUGCAAAAUCAGAAAAAAAUAUGGCUGAUUUUGAUGGUGAAGAAUCUGGAUGUGAAGAGGAGCUAGUUCAGAUCAACUCCCAUGCAGAACUAACUUCUCAUCUCCAGCAACAUCUGCCCAAUUUAGCAUCUAUUUAUCAUGAACAUCUGAGUCAAGGACCUGCAGUUCAUAAGCAUCAGUUCAACAGUAAUGCUGUGACAGACAUUAAUUUGGAUAACGUUUGUAAGAAAGGAAACACUUUAUUGUGGGAUAUAGUUCAGGAUGACGAUGCAGUUAAUCUUUCUGAAGGAUUAAUAAAUGAAGCAGAGAAACUUCUCUGUUCCUUAGUAUGUUGGUUUACAGAUAGACAGAUUCGAAUGAGAUUCAUUGAAGGUUGCCUUGAAAAUUUGGGAAACAACAGAUCAGUAGUAAUUUCCCUUCGCCUUCUUCCAAAACUUUUUGGUACUUUCCAACAGUUUGGGAGCAGUUAUGAUACACAUUGGAUUACAAUGUGGGCAGAAAAAGAACUGAACAUGAUGAAACUUUUCUUUGACAAUUUGGUUUAUUACAUUCAAGCUGUAAGAGAAGGAAGACAGAAACAUGCACUGUACAGCCAUAGUGCUGAAGUUCAAGUUCGACUUCAGUUCUUGACUUGUGUGUUCUCAACUUUGGGGUCACCUGAUCAUUUCAGAUUAAGUUUAGAACAAGUUGACAUUUUAUGGCACUGCUUGGUAGAAGAUUCUGAGUGUUACGAUGAUGCUCUCCACUGGUUCUUAAAUCAAGUUAGAAGUAAAGACCAGCAUGCGAUGGGGAUGGAGACCUAUAAGCAUCUUUUCUUGGAGAAGAUGCCCCAGCUAAAGCCUGAAACAAUUAGCAUGACUGGCUUAAACCUGUUCCAGCAUCUUUGCAAUUUGGCUCGGUUGGCUACCAGUGCCUAUGACGGUGGUUCCAACUCUGAGCUGUGUGGUAUGGACCAGUUCUGGGGCAUCGCUUUAAGGGCACAGUCAGGUGAUGUCAGUCGGGCAGCUAUCCAGUAUAUUAACUCCUAUUAUAUUAAUGGUAAAACGGGUUUGGAGAAGGAGCAGGAGUUUAUUAGUAAGUGUAUGGAGAGUCUUAUGAUCGCUUCUAGCAGUCUUGAACAAGAAUCCCACUCAAGCCUCACUGUUAUAGAAAGAGGACUGCUAAUGCUGAAGACCCAUCUGGAAGCAUUUCGAAGAAGAUUUGCGUAUCAUCUGAGACAGUGGCAAAUUGAAGGAACUGGUAUUAGUAGUCAUUUGAAAGCACUGAGUGACAAGCAGUCCCUGCCACUGAGGGUGGUUUGCCAGCCAGCUGGACUCCCCGACAAGAUGACUAUUGAAAUGUAUCCUAGUGACCAGGUAGCAGAUCUUAGGGCUGAAGUAACUCAUUGGUAUGAAAAUUUACAGAAAGAACAAAUAAACCAACAAGCUCAGCUUCAGGAGUUUGGUCAAAGCAGCCGAAAAGGAGACUUUCCUGGAGGCCUCAUGGGACCCGUGAGGAUGAUUUCUUCUGGACAUGAAUUAACAACAGAUUACGAUGAAAAAGCUCUUCAUGAACUUGGUUUUAAGGAUAUGCAGAUGGUGUUUGUGUCACUGGGUGCUCCCAGAAGAGAACGGAAAGGAGAGGGUGUCCAGCUGCCGGCGUCCUGCCUCCCACCCCCACAGAAGGACAACAUUCCAAUGCUUUUGCUGCUGCAGGAACCUCACCUCACUACCCUCUUUGACUUACUAGAGAUGCUCGCAUCCUUUAAACCACCAUCAGGGAAAAUGGCAGUAGGAGAUAGUGAGAGUUUACGAUGUGAAGAACUCCAUCUUCAUGCAGAAAAUCUCUCCAGGCGCGUCUGGGAGCUGCUGAUGCUUCUGCCUACGUGUCCUAACAUGCUGAUGGCGUUCCAGAAUAUCUCCGAUGACCAGAAUCCUGAUGGACUGAACUGGAAAGAACUUCUCAAAAUUAAAAGUGCCCACAAGCUUUUGUAUGCCUUGGAAAUAAUCGAAGCACUGGGAAAGCCUAACAGAAGAAUAAGAAGAGAGUCGACGGGAAGUUACAGUGAUCUUUAUCCAGAUUCAGAUGAUUCAAGUGAAGAUCAAGUGGAAAAUAGUAAAAAUUCCUGGAGUUGCAAGUUUGUUGCUGCUGGAGGACUUCAACAGUUACUAGAAAUUUUUAAUUCUGGAAUUCUGGAGCCUAAAGAGCAAGAAUCUUGGACUGUGUGGCAGCUCGACUGUCUGGCUUGCUUGCUGAAGUUAAUAUGCCAGUUUGCAGUCGAUCCGUCUGACUUGGACUUGGCUUAUCACGAUGUCUUUGCCUGGUCUGGCAUCGCCGAAAGCCACAGGAAAAGAACUUGGCCUGGCAAGUCAAGGAAAGCUGCUGGAGAUCACGCCAAGGGUCUUCACAUCCCACGACUAACAGAGGUAUUUCUUGUUCUUGUCCAAGGAACCAGUUUAAUUCAGCGACUUAUGUCUGUUGCUUAUACAUAUGAUAAUCUGGCUCCUAGAGUUCUGAAAGCUCAGUCUGAUCACAGGUCUAGACAUGAAGUCUCACAUUAUUCGAUGUGGCUCUUAGUGAGUUGGGCUCACUGCUGUUCGUUAGUGAAAUCCAGCCUUGCUGACAGUGAUCAUUUACAAGACUGGCUAAAGAAACUCACCCUGCUUAUUCCUGAGACUGCUGUUCGUCAUGAGUCUUGCAAUGGUCUCUAUAAGUUAUCUCUCUCAGGACUGGAUGGAGGGGACUCCAUUAAUCGCUCUUUUCUGUUACUGGCUGCCUCCACAUUGUUGAAGUUUCUCCCUGACGCCCAGGCCCUCAAGCCCAUCAGGAUAGAUGACUAUGAGGAAGAACCAAUGUUAAAACCUGGAUGUAAAGAGUAUUUUUGGUUGUUAUGCAAAUUAGUUGACAACAUACAUAUCAAAGAUGCUGGUCAGACAACACUCCUCGACUUGGAUGCUUUGGCAAGACAUUUGGCAGACUGUAUUCGAAGCAGGGAGAUCCUGGAUCAUCAGGAUGGUAAUGUAGAAGAUGAUGGGCUUACAGGAUUGUUAAGACUGGCAACAAGUGUCAUUAAACACAAACCACCUUUUAAAUUUUCAAGAGAAGGACAGGAGUUUUUGAGAGAUAUCUUCAAUUUACUGUUCUUGCUGCCCAGUCUUAAAGAUCGACUGCAGCCAAAGUGCAAGUCUCAUUCCUCGCGAGCUGCUGCCUACGACCUGUUGGUGGAGAUGGUCAAAGGCUCGGUGGAGAACUACAGGCUGAUCCACAACUGGGUCAUGGCCCAGCACAUGCAGUCUCAUGCACCUUACAAAUGGGACUACUGGCCCCACGAGGACGUUCGUGCUGAGUGCAGGUUUGUGGGCCUGACGAAUCUGGGAGCCACUUGUUACUUGGCUUCUACUAUUCAGCAACUUUACAUGAUUCCUGAAGCAAGACAGGCUGUCUUCACUGCUAAGUAUUCAGAAGAUAUGAAACACAAGACCACACUUCUGGAGCUUCAGAAAAUGUUCACAUAUUUAAUGGAAAGUGAAUGCAAAGCCUACAAUCCUAGACCUUUCUGUAAAACAUACACCAUGGAUAAGCAGCCACUGAACACCGGGGAGCAGAAAGACAUGACUGAGUUUUUUACUGAUCUGAUCACUAAAAUUGAAGAAAUGUCUCCAGAAUUGAAAAACACAGUCAAAAGUUUGUUUGGAGGUGUAAUAACAAACAAUGUUGUUUCCUUGGACUGUGAGCAUGUCAGUCAGACUGCAGAAGAGUUCUACACAGUCAGGUGCCAGGUGGCUGAUAUGAAGAACAUUUAUGAAUCUCUUGAUGAAGUUACCAUUAAAGACACUUUAGAAGGUGACAACAUGUAUACUUGCUCUCAUUGUGGAAAGAAAGUACGAGCUGAGAAGAGGGCAUGUUUUAAGAAGCUGCCUCGUAUCUUGAGUUUCAAUACUAUGCGGUAUACGUUUAACAUGGUGACGAUGAUGAAAGAGAAAGUGAACACACACUUCUCCUUCCCCUUACGCUUGGACAUGACUCCUUACACCGAAGAUUUUCUCAUGGGAAAGAGUGACAGGAAAGAAGGUUUUAAAGAAGUCACUGAUCAUUCAAAAGAAACGGAGAGCUACGAGUAUGACUUGAUAGGAGUGACUGUCCACACAGGAACAGCGGAUGGCGGCCACUAUUACAGCUUCAUCAGAGAUAUUGUAAAUCCACAUGCUUAUAAGAACAAUAAAUGGUAUCUUUUUAAUGAUGCUGAAGUAAAGCCUUUUGAUUCUGCGCAGCUGGCCUCUGAAUGUUUUGGUGGAGAAAUGACAACCAAGACUUACGACUCUGUAACAGAUAAAUUUAUGGAUUUCUCUUUUGAAAAGACACACAGUGCAUAUAUGCUCUUUUACAAACGCAUGGAACCAGAGGAAGAAAAUGGCAGAGACUACAAAUUUGAUGUUUCUUCUGAGUUAUUAGAGUGGAUUUGGCAUGAUAACAUGCAGUUUCUUCAAGACAAAAAUAUUUUUGAACAUACAUAUUUUGGGUUUAUGUGGCAGUUGUGUAGCUGUAUUCCCAGCACGUUACCAGACCCGAAAGCUGUGUCCCUCAUGACUGCAAAGUUAAGCACUUCCUUUGUCCUGGAAACAUUCAUUCAUUCCAAAGAAAAGCCCACGAUGCUUCAGUGGAUUGAAUUGUUGACCAAACAGUUUAAUAACAGUCAAGCUGCUUGUGAGUGGUUUUUAGACCGAAUGGCUGAUGAUGACUGGUGGCCUAUGCAGAUACUCAUUAAGUGCCCUAAUCAGAUUGUGAGACAGAUGUUUCAGCGCCUGUGUAUCCAUGUGAUUCAGAGACUCAGACCUGUUCAUGCUCAUCUGUAUCUGCAGCCAGGAAUGGAAGAUGGGUCCGAUGACAUGGAUGCCUCGGUAGAAGAUAUUGGUGGCCGUUCAUGUGUCACUCGAUUUGUGAGAACUCUGUUAUUAAUUAUGGAGCACGGUGUAAAACCUCACAGUAAACACCUUACAGAGUAUUUUGCCUUUCUUUAUGAAUUUGCCAAAAUGGGUGAAGAAGAGAGCCAAUUUCUGCUUUCAUUGCAAGCCAUAUCUACGAUGGUUCAUUUUUACAUGGGAACCAAAGGGCCUGAAAAUCCUCAAGUUGAAGUGCUGUCAGAAGAAGAAGGUGAAGAGGAAGAGGAGGAGGAAGAUAUUCUGUCUCUGGCAGAAGAAAAAUACAGGCCCGCUGCGCUUGAAAAGAUGAUUGCUUUAGUUGCUCUUCUGGUUGAACAGUCUCGGUCAGAAAGGCAUUUGACACUAUCACAGACCGAUAUGGCGGCAUUAACCGGAGGAAAGGGAUUUCCCUUCUUGUUUCAACAUAUUCGUGAUGGCAUCAAUAUAAGACAGACUUGCAAUCUGAUUUUCAGUCUCUGUCGAUACAAUAAUCGACUUGCAGAACAUAUUGUGUCAAUGCUUUUCACAUCAAUAGCAAAGUUGACUCCUGAGGCAGCCAAUCCGUUCUUUAAGUUGUUGACUAUGCUCAUGGAAUUUACCGGCGGCCCUCCAGGAAUGCCCCCCUUUGCAUCUUACAUUCUACAGAGAAUAUGGGAGGUGAUUGAAUACAAUCCUUCUCAGUGUCUGGAUUGGCUGGCAGUGCAGACCCCGCGAAACAAGCUGGCACACAGCUGGGUCCUACAAAAUAUGGAGAACUGGGUGGAGAGGUUUCUUCUGGCUCACAAUUACCCUAGAGUCAGGACCUCUGCAGCUUAUCUUCUGGUGUCCCUUAUACCAAGCAAUUCAUUCCGUCAGAUGUUCCGGUCAACAAGGUCUUUGCACAUCCCAACCCGUGACCUUCCACUCAGUCCGGACACCACAGUAGUCCUGCAUCAGGUCUACAACGUGCUCCUUGGUUUGCUCUCAAGAGCCAAACUCUAUGUUGAUGCUGCUGUUCAUGGCACGACAAAGCUUGUGCCGUAUUUUAGCUUUAUGACUUACUGUUUAAUUUCCAAAACUGAGAAGCUGAUGUUUUCCACAUAUUUCAUGGAUUUGUGGAACCUUUUCCAGCCUAAGCUUUCUGAGCCAGCAAUAGCUACAAAUCACAAUAAACAGGCUUUGCUUUCGUUUUGGUACAAUGUGUGUGCUGACUGUCCAGAGAAUAUCCGCCUUAUUGUUCAGAAUCCAGUGGUGACCAAGAACAUUGCCUUCAAUUACAUCCUUGCUGACCAUGAUGAUCAGGAUGUGGUGCUUUUUAACCGUGGGAUGCUGCCUGCCUACUACGGCAUUCUGAGGCUCUGCUGCGAGCAGUCUCCCGCGUUCACACGACAACUAGCUUCUCACCAGAACAUCCAGUGGGCCUUUAAGAAUCUUACACCACAUGCCAGCCAGUAUCCUGGAGCAGUGGAAGAACUAUUUAACCUGAUGCAGCUGUUUAUAGCUCAAAGGCCAGAUAUGCGAGAAGAAGAACUAGAAGAUAUUAAACAGUUUAAGAAAACAACAAUAAGUUGUUACUUGCGUUGUUUAGAUGGCCGCUCCUGCUGGACUACAUUAAUAAGUGCCUUCAGAAUACUGUUAGAAUCUGAUGAAGACAGACUUCUUGUUGUGUUUAAUCGAGGAUUAAUCCUAAUGACUGAGUCUUUCAACACACUUCACAUGAUGUACCAUGAAGCCACAGCUUGCCAUGUGACUGGAGACUUGGUAGAACUUCUGUCUAUUUUCCUUUCGGUUUUGAAGUCUACACGUCCAUAUCUGCAGAGAAAAGAUGUGAAACAAGCAUUAAUCCAGUGGCAGGAGCGAAUCGAAUUUGCCCAUAAACUGUUAACUCUUCUUAAUUCCUACAGCCCUCCAGAACUUAGAAAUGCCUGUAUAGAUGUCCUCAAGGAGCUUGUGCUGUUGAGUCCCCAUGACUUUCUUCAUACUUUGGUUCCGUUUCUACAACACAACCAUUGUACUUACCAUAAUAUCAAGCUAAUAGGAGGGAAAAGCAAUGUACGGCCCCCGCGCCCUGAACUCAAUAUGUGCCUGUUGCCCACAAUGGUGGAAACUAGUAAGGGCAAAGAUGACGUUUAUGACCGUGUGCUGCUAGACUACUUCUUUUCUUACCAUCAGUUCAUUCAUCUGUUAUGCCGAGUUGCAAUCAACUGUGAAAAAUUUACUGAAACAUUAGUUAAGCUGAGUGUCCUAGUCGCCUAUGAAGGUUUGCCACUUCAUCUCGCACUGUUUCCCAAACUUUGGACUGAGCUGUGCCAGACGCAGUCUGCUAUGUCAAAGAACUGCAUCAAGCUCCUGUGUGAAGAUCCUGUCUUCGCAGAAUAUAUCAAGUGCAUCCUAAUGGAUGAGAGAACUUUCCUGAACAACAACAUUGUCUACACGUUCAUGACACACUUUCUGCUAAAGGUUCAAGGUCAAGUAUUUUCUGAAGCAAACUGUGCCAAUUUGAUCAGUACCCUCAUUACAAACUUGAUAAAUCAGUAUCAGAACCUACAAUCUGAUUUCACUAAUCGAGUUGAAAUUUCCAAAGCAAGUGCUUCUUUAAAUGGGGACCUGCGGGCACUCGCUUUGCUCCUGUCAGUACACACUCCCAAGCAGUUGAACCCAGCUCUGAUCCCCACUCUGCAAGAGCUCUUAAGUUAA